AUGCGCCUUAUAGGGCACGGGGACACGGGGAGAACGCGGGCGCCGCGCACCGUCGCGGCGGGGACACGCGCACGCCCCACCGCGUCCCGGAGAACUACGACUCCCGGCGUGCCCCACGCGGAAAGUGGAGCAGCGCCUCGACCCUCAGCUGCGUGGCCGCCCUUGCGCCGUGGUGCAGUACACCGAGUGGCAAGGCGGCGGGAUCAUCGCGGUGAGCUACGAGGCGCGCGCCUUCGGCGUGUCCCGCGGGAUGUGGGCAUCGGAGGCGCGGGCGCUGUGCCCCGAGCUGGCGCUGGCCCGGGUGCCGCAGGCGCGGGGCAAGGCGGACCUCACGCGGUGAGAGCAGGGGCCGGGGGUGGCGGCGGCGCGGGCCUCCCUGGUGGCGCGGGGCGGCGGCUGAGCCCGUUCCCGCCGCCCGGCAGGUACCGGGAGGCCAGCGCGGAGGUGAUGCAGGUGCUGUCGCGCUUCGCCGCCAUCGAGCGCGCGAGCAUCGACGAGGCGUACCUGGACCUGACGGGCAGCGCGCGCCACCGGCUGCGCGAGCUGCGCGGGCGCCCCCUGCCGGCCGCGCUGCUGCCCAGCACCUUUGUGCAGGGACUGCCCGGAGAGCCCGGCCCCGAUCCCGGCGGGAAGGGCGCGCACCGAGCUGAUCCCGGCGGGAAGGAGGAGCUGCGGCAACGUGGUUUGAACGAGUGGCUGGCAUCACUGUCUUUUGAUAACCCUGAUUGUCCUGACCUGCAGCUGACCAUGGGUGCAGUAAUUGUGGAAGAAAUUAGGGUGGCAGUGGAAGCAGCUACCGGAUUCAGGUGUUCAGCUGGCAUCUCACACAACAAGACACUGGCAAAACUGGCCUGUGGGUUGAACAAGCCCAACCGCCAGACACUGGUGUCUGCACGGUUUGUGCCGCAGCUCUUCAGCCAGCUGCCCGUCAGCAGCAUCCGUAACCUGGGAGGCAAGCUUGGCACUGCUAUCACAGACAUCCUGGGAGUAGAGUACAUCGGGGAGCUGACACAGUUCAGUGAGACUGAGCUCCAGACACAUUUUGGAGACAAAACUGGGUCCUGGCUCUAUGACUUGUGCAGAGGAAUUGAAGAGGAACCUGUGAAAAACCGGUACCUGCCCCAGUCUAUUGGCUGCAGCAAGAACUUCCCUGGGAAGUCAGCCUUGGCCACACAGAAGGCGGUGCAGCACUGGCUCCUGCAGCUGGCCUUGGAGCUGGAAUCCAGACUGAACAAGGACAGGAGCCAGAACCACCGUGUGGCCCGGCAGCUGAUGGUGGUGAUCCGCCAGCAAGGGGACACCCGCCUGUCACGUCUGUGUGCGCUGUCCCGCUAUGACGCACAGAAAAUGUGCAAUGACGCCUUCGCCCUCAUCCAAAACUGCAACGUGGCUGGGGCUCACCAGGCAGCAUGGUCUCCACCACUGAUUUCAGUGCAACUCUCAGCAAGCAAGUUCUCGGAGCCUGUCACCCUCUCUACAGGCAUUGCCACCUUCCUGACGGGUGAUACCCAGCCUGAUGGCACUGCCACCACCAGCCAAAAUGCCACGUCUUGUGGGAGGGCUGGGGUCAAAUUCUUCAGGAGCCCAAGCAAAGAGCUUCGGCAGAAGCCAGCUAGUGCUAUUGAGUCAUUCUUCCAAAAGGCAGCGGCAGCAACCAGCUUGCCCAGUGCUGCCGCUGCAGAGCCAGCUGUUCCCAGCUCCCCAGAGCACCAAGAGAGAGCUGCUGUUGGCUUGCCUGUUGGACUUGCCUCUGUGCAGUGUGACCUGGAGUCCUCUGUGAAGCAGAGUCCCAGUGAUGCCAGCCCUACUUCUCCAUGCAAGAGUCUUCCCCGGGAGAAGUUGCCAUCAGAUGCUACACAAACACCCUCAACUCCACCCAGCUCCAGGACCCUUCUGAAAUUACAACCAGCUAUGGAGGGAAAUGAGCAGAAUUUGCCACCCUCUUCUGAGCUCACCCUGCUGCCUCCUGCCUCUCCAGGGGACCAGCAGCGCUGUGAGAAGUGUGGCCAGCUUGUGCUGGUGUGGGAGUUCCCAGAGCACAUGGACUACCACUUUGCCCUGGAGCUGCAAAGCUCUUUCCUGGAGCCCAGCCCUCCCAUGGCUCCAGAAGCAGCUCCCAAUGCAAAGCCUGUGGCUUCCAGGUCUCCUGCCAAGGCAAAGAACAAGCUCAAGACUCCUGCAGGAUCUAGUGCAAAACGACCUAAAGAAGGUGUGACAAGAACUUUAGAUUUUUUCUUUAAGCCCUUACCUCCUUAACUCUCAGCCACACUGGGUAUUUUUAAAGAAUCGGAGCUUUUAAAGAAACAGUGUUUUAAAGAAACAGUGUUUUUAAAUACGCUAAAAA